AAAGUGGGUCAUUCCACAGCAGAAUUGUACAGUAUUAAUGUCUGGCGAUGGAACUUUGACCAGACGGGCGGCGUUCGUCAUGAACUCAAGCGGUGGUUUGGGGAGGAUAUCUACACCAGCAGAUGCCAGAUGGUGGACUGCUGAAGAAAGCUGUGUUGUUGUUGAACAAUGGAAGGGUCAUGAGAGAAUAACAGAGUAAAACAUGCAUAAUACAUGACCAUAUUCCAUCUUUCAGUAUGUGAUACAGGCAGUGGUGUCAGCAACAUUUGAUAGAGUUAUUGUGAUAAACAAGAGUACCAACCUGUAAAUAAGUGAUACACAUUCUACUGAAUGAAUGAUUAUGACAAGUACCUGUGAUAACAGUGUUGGGACAAGUUUGAAACCUAAGACAUGAUUAGAAGUGUUGAUGAAAAGAUGUAGUAUUUGAAGUAUUCAAAAUGGAUGUGCCAUACAGGUGCCCAAAGUGUGGAGACGGGAAGGUGUUUCCAGUAUUAAAUGAUCUAAAGAAGCAUUUGUCACAGGAACAUUCUUAUGUGCCAAGUCCACGAAGGAGGAUACAGGUUUUCAAUGGAAACACUGGAGACAGAUCUGGGCGUUUUUCGCCAUUGCUUCAGUCAUUCUUGGAUGAGGGAAAACGUCUUGAAAAUGAUGUGCUCAAAGCCAAAGAUCUUGAAAUGAGCAAUAAGAGGAAGAGAUACGGACAGAAGGGUCAAAGUAGUUUCAGCAAUAGUGAUAUGAUGUCGGUGAGUUCGGAAUUUGUGAAACCUUCGAUUAUUGCCGUCCAAGAUGAUCAUCUGAAGAAUACCUUAAAUAGCAUGACACAAGAAGUGACUCUUAGUCGGCAGAAGCAGUGGAAAACUGCUGAUGCUUUGAUAAAAGCUGAGGAAGUGUUGAUGGGUGUAGGACAGGCUGCCGAGAUGCGGUGUGGGGACCAGAAGAAUGUGAUUCAAAAGCUCCAUGCUGAACUAAAGGAAAAGGAAACGGAUCUGAAGAAGUCUCAGGAAGAACUGGAUAGGCUGAAGAAGGAGCAGAACCAGCUGAUUGAAAGCUCUGAGAUCCUGUCCAGAAAGACUAAUGAUGAAAGUCAGAGGCUUAGUGAAGAACUUGAAGCAAAGGAAUCUCAAUUGAGCAGGAUUAAUACCCAGCUGUCCAGACUCCGGGACAAUGGUCUGGGAGACUGGGCUGGCAUGCAGACUCGUAGUCCUUCUUGGAAGUCUCACAAAGAUGCUAAAAACAUGAUGAUGGAGAGGAACAUGAUGAGGCAGCGAGCUGAGAUGAACAUGCAUGGAGUGAGGGAUGAAAUGGAUCAGUUUGAUGGUAGGAAUCGGAGGACUAAUGCAAGGAGUUUUCAAGCCAGAGAAUCUGAUGCAAUGAACCAGCGUAAUUCCUCUUUUGAGAAGGCUGAGGAGGAUAUUGGUGAACUGGACAUCUUGAGUCAGGAACUGAGGAAGAUGCAGAGGGAUGCAGUGAUAAAGAUGCAGGAAAAAGAUAAAGAAUUGAUACAAGCUAGGAAAAGAUCAGAAAAGCUAGAGAAAGACCGAUUGGUUCUUCUUCAUGAGAUGGAUAACUUGUUAUCAAAAGCAAAUAAUGAUAACGAGAAUCUGAAAACAGAACUCCGACGCAAAAAUGAGGAACUGCAUGUAUUUAAUUCAGAUCUUGAAGAUGCGAAAAAGGAACAGGCUAAACUUGUUGGUGAAACAUUUGAGUUGUAUCGUGAAGCAGAUAAAAAUAUUGCUAAGUUAAAAGAAAUGCUGGCCUUGAAAGACUUUCAGCUGAAAGCUGCAAACGAAAAACUCAAUCAAUUCCAGGUCGCGAACGAGCAGCUGUUAGCUGAGAGUGAGAGCAUUGUACAACACGCGGAUGAGAAAGGGAGUAUUAUGGAGUCCAUGCUGAAAACAACGGAGAAGAGUUUACAAAUGAUGGAGAAAGAGCUGGAUGACACAAAACGUGAGAAGGAUAAACUCCUGGAAGAAGCUGAAACUUUGAAACAGGAGGUUGUGGACAGGACGAAGUCACUAGCAGAGCUGCAGGAGGAGGUGACAAUGAAGGAAGACGAACUUCAGAAAACAAACAAUGAUCUACAAACACUCCAGACAUUCCUGCAGACGACGGCAGCCAAAGAAUCAGUUGCACGUCAGGAACUGGAAAAAUUCAUCACUGAGCUGAUUGAGAGAGCCGACAAGGCAGAGAAAGAGUUACGGGCCCUGAAGCGAAAAGUACGGGCAGCAAGUGAAGAGUCACAGAGCAUCGGAUCGACACAUAUACCUGCAGCACUACACAACACGCUAACUGAGCCAGUCCUCUACACUGAUCAUCCACAGAGCACACCAAGGGAAGGAACAGGGCCUCCAAAAGCAGCACCCAGAAACAAGACCAUUCCUAGGACACUGCCUCCUGUAGACAGGCAAGCAGGUCGUUCAGGACCAACAGAUGAUAGUCAUUUGUACACCAGGUCAGCUGAAGGAACAUCUCAUGGACCUAGCAACCCUUCCACUUCCAGAGAGCACCAGGACAAGAGAUCUAGGAGGCUUCCAUUGUUAAAGGCUCACGAUGGGGAGCUACAACUUCAGAAGCCUUCAGUUGACAAAAGUGCAGUUGGUGGUCAAACAACAGUGAUUAAACCAGGGUCUGUAGUCAGAGAUGGCUAUGAAGUUGCUCCAAAGAGACAUGCUGUGUCAGAGAUUGGUGUCCAGACAGUGUCCGAAAUGGCUACUCAGACAGAUAAGUUACCGGGUGACCAGGAUACAAGUAAGGAGACAAAUCCAGAGAAAGGUGCAGACAGAUUGGGUGAAAGACCUAAAGAGAAUGUAGGUAAUGGUUCGAACAAACAUCCAACAGGUUUAGAUGAGAAAUUACGUCAUGGAUGCAAGAUAUCUGUGAAUGAGAAUAAUCAUUUAGUCUUGCAAUUGGACGAAGAAAAGGAACUAAGCAUUCAAAGAAAAGCAGCAAAUGCAGAAGGAGCACAAACAAAUGUUAAAUGUUCUGAUUGUUCCAAAUUAAAUAGUGUAUCUGAACAAGAAAGGGUUUCUCCACUCCAAGGGAGUCCAGUUCCUAUCCAUUCCAGCACUCCAAAGAAGCCAGUUAGAUUGAAGAAGCCAAGGGCUGUGUGUAGACACUGUCUUCAUCUGACAUCCAGCACUGACACAGAUUCCGGUGACUCUGACAUUGAACCAAAGCAAAGACAUUCCAGUAGUAAUCCUCAUUCAGCUCGAGCUGCAGUUCUGGCAAGAAUUAUGUCAGGUCAAGGACAAAGAGAGGAGAAAUUAUGGCAAGGUCUGGAAAUUGAUGCUAGACAGAGGAAUACCCUUUCUACUUCGCAACAGGAUGUGAUGGGUAACAGGCAAAGGGACAGUGUUACUUGGCGUCCCAAAACAUUCGGUUUUGAUCGUAUUCGUAAUCCAAGAUCAACUCUUAAUGCUGUAGAUCACAUUCCCCAUUCUCCAUCAGUAGGAAGGGAAACAAGGUCCUCACAAAGAAUGUAUGACAGUCGUACUGAAAGGCUGAGAACAGGUGCCGUGUCAGAAAGAAAUCCAACAACACCUCAGGCAGACCUUUCUGGCACUAGGCGAUCACUGGAAAACAGGAGAAUGAAAGAAAGUCGAGGUGAAUCUAUGUUCCAGGUUAGAAAGGAAAACAGUGACAGUUCUCGUGACAAAAUGCUUUCAGACAGAAUUGAUAGAUUAGAAGACAUGAUAACAGAGGCUAGGUCAAAAUCUGACGAGAAGCUUGAGAAAGUGCUACAAGAAGUGACAACAGAUCUUGAUAAAAGUUCCUCAAGAGAAAAUAUACAGAGACUCCGGGAUUCUAUCAAGCCAAGAUUGAAGCUUGACAAGCCUGAGGUCAAGAAGAUCCCAACAGGCAGAUCAGAAGGUGCAGGGGCAGUUGAAGAGAAAGAUUCCAGACAGGUUGACAGUUCUUCAUACCUGCAUCCACAGUCUCCAGACAGUUUUGUUGGUCUUCCUGCAAGUAAAGACACUGUGUCACCAUUGAGGGAACAAGUGUCCAAGUCAUUGUCAACAUACAGAUCAUCAGAACCUGGGAUGGUCAUCAGGAACAAGUUCUAUGACCAGAACCUGACUGACCCUCCAAAGUUUGGGUCUCAGCCAAUAUCAGGAUCUGCAUCAAAGUUUGAUUCUUAUCCAACAUCUGUGUCACCAUCAUACCAAUAUUCUUCAAACCCUCUUGCAGGCCUCCACUGGCCACAGAUGUAUUCCAGGACAAAUCUCCAGCCUAACAUGGUUCUAAGUGGAGAUGGAGAAAGAGCAUUUCCUCAUACACUUUCCUCGAUGCCAUACAGUCAGUAUGCUGGGGGUUAUGCUGGCGUGUCCGGGUUGGGGUAUUCAGAUCCCACUUUACAGUAUUACAGUCAACCAGACAGGCUGUUUCAAGGUGAUGCCCUGUACCACCACAACCAGUAUGGGCAUGUGACAGAAGAUGGGGUGCUGCUGCCUCACCCACACAUGCUUCACAGACAGAUGCAGCCACAAGCUCAAGAAACGUCAGUGAAGGGCAUCAUUCAGCCAACAAGGAGCAAUAAAGAAAUGUCAAAGAAGAUGGCAGCAUUUGCUGAAAGUUCCAGAAAUACAUCGGUAGAUAGUGAGUUAUCAGCGGGUCUGGAGCUUUCCAUUGAUGAAAAUGGAAUCAUGUGGGACGAAGAUCAGGCUGACACCACAUAUGCCUCAGAAGACCUGGACUCUUUCCGUCUGAGUCCGUCUGGCAGUGAGACAGCAGGUGAUGUAGACUCCUCCUUGAUUCUGUCAGGCUCUGGCUCCCAGCCUGCUCCUGCGAAAGGCGGAGAAGGUCACAGGCAGAUUCUGGAGGAGAUUGCAGAGACAGAUGAGGAGUCAUCGUAUCAGGGAUUACCAGCAGCUCCAUCUAAAGGUCAAAGUGGUGUUAGAAGUGGAAAAGGCCAUGACAUGGGUAGAAGAACAACUAGUUCUGACCUGAGGAGAGAUAAGGGAGGAAUGGUUAGUGAUAUCAUGUCAGUGAGAGACAAGAUGAUGAAGUACUUAGAAGAUGAUGAGGGAACAAAACAGAAAUCUCCAGCAAGUGCUACAAGCAGAAUACAGGAAAAGCAGCUAGAUACAAAAACUGCUUCGAAUAGAACAUGUGAAUUGAACAACAGUCAAGGAAAAACAUCUUUGCCUGUAUACGAGAAGGACAGGGCACUAGCAGAGAAUGGUGAUAAUAUAAUUCACAAUGAACUGAAAUCUGGAGAAAACAUCAAGUCCAGGUAUGCUUUUGACUCUUCUGAUGAUCUUUCCUCCAGUAGCUGGUCGCCAGUAAAACGUUCCACAUCAAAGUUUCAAAGGGCAGAUUCCAUUGAUACUGAUGGUGCUGUGGUUAACAUGGCCCAGGAACCAACAAAACAACAUUCUUAUACUGCUACAGCAAGAAAGGUUCCAAAACACAGACCCAUUGUCAGAGAUGAAAAUGAGGUGGUUGAAGAGACGAUACUUCCUAAGUCUAGAUCACGUCCCAAAAUGUCGCUAGAUGGAAUGUCAAGGAAGCUAGAUUUGCUUAGUUCAUCAUCUGAAUCUCUGAGUCUUUCUCCAAGGAGGAAGCCAUGUGUCAAGAAGCGAGGGAUAAAAGAAAUGGUCAAUCAGGAAAAGCAGGUUACUCCAGUUCUGCAAGAUGAGUUGAAUUGUCAACAACCUGACAAAGAACAGGUUUGUGAAGAGAAACAUCAUAAAGAUCGGAUAACAGAGGGCCAUGAUUUGUUAUCUUUGUCUGAUUCAGGAGUCAGUCCAGACACCAAACCUUAUGAUCUGUUGGAUGAAGGUCAAGUUCAUCCAAAGUCGGAUGGCAUGGACAGUCCUGUUGCCAUGAAGCAUGGUGAAUUGCUGUCAAAUGCUACAGACAGCCCUGCUACAGACAGCCCUGAUGCCAUGAAGCAUGUUGAACUGCUGUCCGAUACUACAGACGCAUCUGAAGCCAAUAAACCUGAUGGAGUGCAGUCAGACGGCAUAGACAGCAAUGAUGCCAUCAAUCAUGAACAGUUGCAGUCAGGUGUAAAAGAUGCACCCGAAGCCAUCAAACAUGAUGAAGUGCAAAUUCGCCCUCAGUCAGAUGCUAUGGACAGUCCUGAUGUCAUUAAGCAUGGUGAAUUGCUGUCAGAUGCUUCGGAAACCAAUAAGCCUGAUGGAGUGCAGUUAGACGGCAUAGACAGCAAUGAUGCUAUCAAUGUUGAUAAAGCUGAAUGUAAGGACAACCUGACUUUCUCACACAGUUUUGACUCGGAUGACCUGGCAAAGUAUGACAAUAUUCCUCGGAAACAGGCUCAACCUCUCCGAGCCACCUUUGCUGAUGAUGCCACAACUGAUGAGGAGUGUUCAAGGGAUGAUGUUCUGGACAAGCCUGGAGCUUCAGCAGCUCCCUACAGAGAAGAGAGCACAGACUUUGAUUUUGAGUCAGAUCUGGAGAGAUUCAGUACACCAUUCAAGCCAACCAAGGGCCAUAAGUUCUCCAAGAAGAACAAGGUCCUCACCCACAAGAAGGCCCAGCCAAGGGGCGGAAGUGCUAGUCGGAAAAGUGCCCCAAAAGUUCAUGCUGAUGAUAGCAGUGAGGCAGCUUCAGAUACCAGUCGACUGAGUGGACAUCGGCAUGAGGCUGCCAAACGGCGCCGUGUAGCGCUCUACUGUGUGUUUCGCUACCUGGAUACAAAGACACUAAGCCAUAUGGCCUUGGUGUGUCGGGAAUGGAAACAUGUUUGUCGACAUCCCGAUCUUUGGAAGCGUGUGACUUUGAAGAAUGAGAGAAUCUCAUCCUCGUUCCUGGUUACCAUUUCCCAGUGGUGUUCACGGCUCCAGCAUCUCACCCUAGAAGGAUUGCAGUGUCGACAAAGAAACAAUGACGAAACCCUAGAAGAAUAUCACCGAGCUACCAGGGCAUGCCUUGAAACUGGUCUAGAAGAACUGUUGAAAAGUUGUCAAGAUAGUCUCAUUUCUCUCAACAUUGUAGCCUGUGGGAAUCAUAUCACUGAUAAGUGUUUCUGGCUGGCCAGCUGUUACGGCCGACUCCUGGAGAAGCUUCACUACAUCAGCAGCACGGAUCCUGUGUCGCCAGAGGUGCUCUGGGCCAUUGGGGGAGGGUGCCCGGGGAUCACGACACUGGUGGUGCCACCACAGUUUCCAUGUUUGAAGCCCAAGUCUUUCAGCAACAAGUGUUUGAUGCUCAUUGCCAAGUUCUACCCUGAUCUUCAGGAGCUUGGAAUUGGUGGUCAGGAAAUCAGUAUUGGAGGUCUGCUUCCUCUUGUGCAAGGUUGUCAGCGCUUGCAGUACCUAGAGCUGGAUCACAUGAUGGAACUGACAAGUGAUGAUGUCACAGGACUGUGUCGGGCAGGGCUGCGGAACCUGUCUGUCCUGGAGCUGAUAGCCACGCCCAUUGACCCAGAAGCUGUCAAACAGAUCUACAAAUCGUGUCGACAUAUCAAGAGGAUACGAGUGCUCCUGAGUUUCCAGGAUUUCUUCGAGGAUGACAGUAAGAGGAAACACAGAGAUGAAUAUCAGAAGAAGAUAGAGAAACUGCAGGAGCUCAGACAACAGCCAGGCUUGGGGAACAUCCUCAACAUACAAGCAGCCCCAGUAAAAUGAACCACGAUGAUGCCAGAAAAAUUAAAUAAAAUUGAAACAUU